UAUAAACGCGUCUCUUCUCAGAUACCUGACCACUAAAGACCAAGCUGAGACAAACGAGCCGACGCGAGAGGAGGACGCGGAACAGAGAGGAGAUAAGUGAUCCCUCACCCUUCAUCCUCUCACUCUUCCAGCCAGCUUCUCCUCUCCACUCCUGCUGGUUCCUGCUGGUUCCUGCAGCCUCUGCUUCCCCCGUCUUCACCCCCCACCACCGCCGCCACCAUGGCUCCCACCCUGGCCACGGCCUUCGCCCGGCGCUGGUGGAUGGCAGUGACCGCCAUCAUCGAGAACCUGCUCUUCUCGGCCGUGCUGCUGGGCUGGGGCUCCCUGCUCAUCAUGCUCAAGUCCGAGGGCUUCUACUCGUACAUGUGCAACGAGGAAGGUAACAGCUCGAGCUACAACGUGUCCCGGCCCCUGGAGACGCCGGCCCCCGACGACUACAGCUACUACUACGAGGGCGAGGGGCCCGUGGUGGGUCUGGGGGACGGCGUGGAGAUGAAGCCGCUGGUCCCGGCCGACGCCCCGCUGCGCAUGAACGGCUGGCUGAUCUGCAAGGAGCAGGACGAGAUGUUGAACCUGGCCUUCACCGUGGGCUCCUUCCUGCUGUCGGCCAUCACGCUGCCGCUGGGCAUCGUCAUGGACAAAUAUGGGCCGCGCAAGCUGCGGCUGCUGGGCAGCACGUGCUUCGCCUUAUCCUGCUUGCUCAUCGCCUACGGAGCCUACAACCCCAACGAGCUCUCGGUUCUUAUCUUCAUCGCGCUGACCUUCAACGGCUUCGGGGGCAUGUGCAUGACCUUCACCUCGCUCACACUCCCGACCAUGUUCGGAAACCUGCGUUCGACCUUCAUCGCGCUGAUGAUCGGCUCCUACGCCUCGUCGGCCGUCACCUUCCCCGGAAUCAAAGUGAUCUACGACCUGGACAUUCCCUUCAUCACCAUCCUGGUGGUGUGGGCCUCCUGCGCCGGCCUGGUCUUCCUCAACUGCUUCUUCAACUGGCCCCUGGAGCCCUUCCCCGGCCCGGAGGACAUGGACUACACCGUGAAGAUCAAGUUCAGCUGGCUGGGCUUCGACCACAAGAUCACGGGGAAGAAGUUCUACCAGCAGGUGACGACGGUGGGCCGCCGGCUGAGCGUCAGCAGCAACGUCAAGCAGAAGGAGCUGAUGGGGAAGGACGGACGCAACCUGUGCCUGUCCACCAUGGACCUGGAGAUGGAGACCAAGCCCAGCGAAGAGUCCCAGUCGUUCCUGCAGAGCAUCACCAGCCCCAUCUUCAUGCUCAGCGCGCUGACCAUGAGCAUCACGCAGCUGCGCCUGCUCUUCUACAUGGGAGCCAUGAACAGCGUCCUGGAGGCGCUGACCGACGGAGACCUGAACACAGUGGGUCUCUACUCGUCCAUCUUCGGCGUGCUGCAGUUCCUGUGUCUCAUGACCACGCCGGUGAUCGGUCAGAUCAUGGACUGGAAGCUGAAGGACUGUGACGACGGCGACGACGACAAGGAUCCCUUCAGCAAUGGUGACGUAAAGAAGAAGAGAGACAAGAAGAUGCAGAAAGUGACCAACGCCCUGCGAGCGUUCGUCCUCACAAACGUGCUGCUGGUGGGAUUCGGCAUCACCUGCCUGGUGCCCAACCUCCCCCUGCAGAUUGUGUCGUUCAUCCUCCACACGGUGGUGAGAGGAUUCAUCCACUCGGCCGUCGGGGGUCUUUACGCCGCCGUGUAUCCGUCCUCCCAGUUCGGCAGCCUGACGGGGAUGCAGUCUCUGGUCAGCGCCGUGUUCGCUCUGCUGCAGCAGCCGCUGUUCCUGGCCAUGAUGGGCCCGCUGGGGGGAGACCCCUUCUGGGUCAACAUCGGGCUGUUCGCCCUCAGCAUGUUCGGCUUCCUGCUGCCCAUCUACCUGAUCUGGUACCGGGGGAGGCUGCAGAAGGAGCUGGAGGCCAAGGCCGACAACGCCAAGAUCUUCAUCAAGAUCAACGGCUCCGACAUCCCCGAGGCCUUCGUCUAGAGACGCCGCCUGAAACCUGUCGUAAAGGGAAAGCUUAAACGUUAAAACAUGUAUUUGUUCCAUUUAAUUUUCAAUGACACAAAAGGAGAGAACGCUGACGCGUCACAAAGGACUCGGUCCGACGGACGAAAAGUGAAUUGAGGAACAAAGACGAAGAGAGAGAGGAAAGACUGUGAAAGGAAAGAGGCGCCAGCCCUCUGUUACCCCCCAAAUCCUCUCACUUCUCUUCUGAUUCCCUCCUUUUUGAUUUACAUCCCCUUCGUGGGCGGAAGAGGAUUAAUCCUGCUGUUAUGAGUUUGCUAUGUUUUCUAUUUUUUUAUGUCUUUAUCCAUAUGUUGACUGCAGAUCUUUGUCCUGUAGCUUGGUUAUUAGUUCAUGCUACGUCCGCUGAAGUCCUGGUGCUGAUGUUUCUCAGGCGAGUAGAGACGAUUAAGGACGACCGAUGACACGUCUGCCGUAGCAGCAUGGUGUGUUUCGCUAACAGACACUGCUUGUGUUUGUUUUAGACUAUUUAUUUUCCUCCCCGCGUCGGUUUGUCCUUGUUUUGUUUGCAUUCACCAGCGGUGCCUUUUCUGAACGUCCGGUAAGAAAACAUUAGUUCAGCGACCGUCCGCACACGUGUCGGGGGAAACCCGGCUCCACGUCCGCAUCACCAUGUAAGGGCAUCAUCAUCUACGAGACCAUGCAGCUCCAGUCACCAUUUCAUCCCGUCUAUCGACUCUCAAGAGAAAAGCAGCACUUUUUCCAAACAAACUCAUCUCAGAUCGGCAUUUUCCUCCUGCCGACAUGUGUAUUUAUUUCAUUUUGAUUUCCUGUUAUACAUUUCCUGGUGUAUUGAGACUGUGCUGCUGAUGCUCUGAUUUCUGGUCGCGUAGUUGAUGUUUGCAGAGAGUCACUGAAGAGAAGGUAGAGAUAUUUUGUUAUGCAGCUAUCCGUGUGUAAUGUGGAGGAACGUAUGGGAGUUAAUAAAGAUAUUUGCUUUUUUUUUCCAAUG